AAAACUGGACGUUAAAUAUAAAGCCGAAAAGGGUGUUGUAGCUUGAAGAAAUCUACAAAAGAGAUUAAUUGUUACAUGGCUCUAACAAUCUCUCCCUUUUCUUUGCCAUAUAUUCACAAAAACCCGUCAAAUUUUCACCACAAAUUAAGGAACCCUUGUUUAUCUUCCAUUAAGACCCACCAAAUACAAUCCAAAUCAGGUCUAUUUCCAAUCUUCUGCACAUCGAAACCCAGCACCAAGAACCUGAAAACAUGCAAGAAUUGCAAAUCCCAAUUCGACCCAUUGCUCAAUCACCCUCGAGCUUGCCAUUUUCACACUGCCCAUUUCGGAGGGGAAACAAAGAGGAAAUUCGAGAGUGUAUAUGCAGGGGGCACCAUGGAUACACCUGAAUCUGGUAAAGUAUUUCAAUACUGGCAUUGUUGUGGCUCUGAAGAUCCAUUUGAUCCUGGAUGUACUGCUGCUCCUCAUGCUUCUUACGACGACUAAUGCCGGUUCGCCGCUGUCUCCAAAGACUGAUGCCGCGUUGGUUUCUUUAUAAACAUUUAACUUUGUAUGUAUUUAUUAUUGGAACUACAUUUCAUUCACAUUUUGUAGGAAAAAAAGGAAGAAAACUUGUGAUAAUGCAUCUGUUUAUUGUAGGUUCAAGAUGAACUAUGUGAGAUGUUGAGACUCUGUUAGUGUAGUGGUUUUUUCAGUUUUUUAUGGUUUAUUGAACAGUUGAACCAAUGAUUUCUUUCUGAAAUAUGUAUGGUAGUGGGUUGGAUAUUUGUAUGUUUUUGUAAAUUUCGAAACAAAAUUUGCAAAUUUUUUUCAA